AUGUUACGAGAUUUUUUCAAAAAGUUAAAGAGGAGUGAUCUGGACAUAAAGAAGGUCCCAGAUGUCACUUUUAUCGGUGACGAAGGGAUCGAUGCCGAGGGCUUGACCAAAGAGUUCUUCACCUUGGUAAUGACUGCUUUGACUAGUGGCACUGGGGGCCACAUAAUGUUCGAAGGAGGAAGUGACCACCUGGUGCCAGUCAUCAGUGAAGAGUGUUACCAAAGUGGUUACUUCAGAUUCGUGGGACAGCUUAUUGCCAUGUCAGUGCUCCACAGGGGUAUUGACAUAGGAGGGUUAUCUAGGGCCCUUACAACAUACAUGGUCACAGACGUUGUGGAACUAGCAAGCUGCCAUCUCUCCAUCCAUGUCCCUGACCACUGUGUGCAACAGGCUCUUAUGGAGGUACUGUUAGAUAAGUAACAUUACUGUUAGAUAAGUAACAUUUUCGUAUGAAACUUCUUAAAAUUUAGGAGAGGAGAAGGCUCUAUAACAGAAACACAUUUUACGUGGAUCCACAGCAGGGGGGAUGCAUGGAGAGGGGGGCAGGGAUUUCACUGUUCAAGAUAGGAAAACAAGAUACAAACGUGAUACUCUAGUAGCUGGUGCAACUGGAUGUGCCAAAUUUGUGCUGUGGGAGGACAUGGUAGAUAAGGUGACCAAAGUGCUACAAUUUCAAAAAUCUAACAGUUCGAAUUCUCGAUGACACCAAAUAUCUCAAUAGUAAUGAGUCUACAAUAGUAGAAGAAAUUGAUGACAUCGAAAUGUACACACUAUGUACACAGUACUCGUUUAGUUUUUUCCUUUGUAUGUGUUAAUAUAUUUAUUCAGUUUAAUAUAUCGAGAAAAGUUAUCUCUGCAUGGCCAGAUAUUUAGUCUAUCUUGCUAUCAACUUGUAAUUUACUUCCUUUUUCCCACAAAUAAAGAUUAAUUGUUCAUAUUGUGAAAUAGAUAUUUUCUUUAGUCUUAGUUAUACUUAAGCUUUUGAAGUGGUUCUUUAUUUAGCCUCAUUCUAUCCAGAUGCUUAGACGUAAACAGUUUUCUUAAUUUUAAGAUUAUCUUAACAUUUUAGUUUAGUUUCAUUUAAGCAAUAGACUGUAACUACUUAUCUGAGCCGCACUUGGCUUUAAUGUUAGUGGAGGCCCAUAAUAAGAAACUCCGUUUCGGUAUCAUUCAUCUUCAAUCGGUUGAUGAUCAUUCGAAAUUGAUCGUCCGCGAUCCAAGCUUCUAUUACUCUGAGCACUUCAUGUUAAGAUGUCAACAAUGGCUUGAAACGGAAAUGCAGGUGAAUAUCAUCUGCAUUUACAGGGGUUAACAUCCUAAUGCACCACAGGUUUUCCCAGCUCAGUGCAUAAAUUAUGGUCUUUUAAUACUGUUUUCUGUGGCACGAAUGAGCCAUAUCCAGGGAGCAGCAAUGCUCUUAGGCAUACUUCAUGCUAAGGAAACUGGGAUAAGUUCCGGCUGUUUGGGCCUUAAGCUUGUGUGCGCCAUUACCUACCUUUUUUUAUGCAGACUUAUUUCCUGAAAACUAUCCCAGAGGUUCAUUUUUAGGGUAAAGGGCAACCACACCUACAGACGACUUUCCAGUUGAAGUUAUAGCUUGUAGGACUAAAACCAGCAAGGCUUUAAGCAAUGUUCUGCCUCUGUCUGACAUCCUAAGCCCUUUUUUGUAAAGCAUGAAUCGCAGCCACAAAUCAAUGUGAAAAGAGAACAGUUGCUUCUUGAUAACGUGGAGGGUGGGAAAUGAUGUUUAUCGAUCAGCAACUUGCAAAAAUGUUUUGGUAUAAACAUGCAAACCUGUUUAUGCGCAUGACAAAAAGUUGUUUAAGAUGGCGGCUAGAAAGCUUGGAAAGGCUUGAAUAUGGCUGCCCAUUUCCCCCUCCAAGUAGGUGGAAAAGUAUAUAUCUUGAUGUUGCAGAAACAAAAAGAUGACAACGCACAUCAACAGGUUAGGAACCAUUAAAGAGAACAUUUUGCUUGUCGAAGAGGACUUUCAAUGGUAUGUUUAACUUUUUUUUUACCAAGUGGUAGGCAAAAAUCUAAAAUGAUACGAAUUAAGUAUAAUUUCAUAUGUUGGUAGGGCUUCAUGACAUGAUAGGAAAUAAACAGUGUUAUUUUGCGGCCACUUUCAAUUCUUUUAUGAGCACACCUGUGAACCAAGAACACAGGCAAAUGUUCUGUGAGGCUAAUGUUAAGAGAAAUAACAGAAUGAAAAUUUGCUGUGGGUGAUUGCAGUACACAUGAUCUAGACAUGUCUUGCUAAAAUGAGGUGUAAUAUAAUCCGAAAACUGUUUAGAAUGCAUACUCUGAGGUCCCUUCACUUGGCUCUAUUCUGGAAUCAAUGUUGAUAUAUAUUGUCCGCCACCACUCCAAAAAUGGAGGUUUUUGAGUCAAAAAAAUUUGUCUGGUGGUGACAGUUUAGAAGUUUAUCUAACCAAAACCAACUAGGGAACCAUGGAGGUGGGUACACUUUCAAAUACUAAACCGAACAGACGUCUAAGAGAUUUUGCCGGACUCUAUGACACUUCAAAGGAAUCAAAGUGCCAAGAGGAGAUGCUAAGGUUAUAGUGAGUGCGGAUAAGCCUUUUGCUAUCUCAUAUUUAAAAGAAACAAAAGGUUAUGUUGAAAUGCCACUACAGCUUCAGCAUGAAAUAUCACUUGCCUGAUCCAGCACUGUGCAGUCGAUCAGACUGAUUGAAGCUGGACAUCUCAGUUAAUAUUGUUAAGGCAGGUGAAUUUCAGUUGAUUCCGUAAAAUUAUUACUCAAUUUACAUUUGUGGAAACCUUUGUGCUAAAUGAAUGACUUAACCUUGAAAUAAGACUAUGUAGGAAAAGUUUCGCACAUUGACUUUGCUUGGACAUUGGGACAACCUAAAAUAGCACAGUACAGACACAUCUAAACCUCUCAUAUUAUUCAAACCUCAAAUUACUUGUUAAGCAAGUUGCGCUCACAUCAAUAUUACCAACUUAAGUACCGCAGAACUGCCUUCUUGGAGUAUAUCAUUUUAACUACUGGGAUAGAAACAAGGAAGGAUUGCUAGUUCAAUGAAGCCUAAAAAGGGUACUUGGUGCUUGGGAGUUAUAAAUUACACUGACAGCCAUUACAUUAUCACUUGGGGAGAGGCAAAGUCUUAUAUUUCAACCGAGAGACAGGUUGUGCAGAAAGAGAUGGUGUCCUGUCUCAUUUUGUGGUUUUAGAUAUCAAGGUCAGAAAUUUAUGAGAUGCAAAUGCGGUCAUAAGUUUUCUGCGCCCAUCUCUGGAUCUUUUCUCGAUUUUGAUGUCCUGCGAAAGGCAACUCACUGCAGAAUAAAAAUCAUUCCUUGAAGAAGCCGAUGGAGGGCAUGAUUUCUUAAUAUUGGAGAGGCAGGAAGGGGAAAGUCGACUGUGAUUACUAGAUCUGUGGAUAAUUCAAAGAGACAACAACUUUUAGGCUGUUUGCUCUACUGGAAUUACGUGUGUAGUGCCCAAAAAAAUACCUUUCCAGGAAGUCCGAAACAAGUGACACUCGACUCUUUUUUGAGACUUUCCAUGAAGUACAUUUCUAUGAAGUUGUAAUCACGGCAUGUCAUAAUGAUAAAGUUUGCAUGAGGCUUCGGCAAGAUGUUGGUAUCUUGUUUAAUGAGUGCUCCAACGGAAGUGCGAGACUGCUAGAAUGUUUUCAUGCUAUAACCCCCCUUCUGAGGGGAGAGAAUGGGACAGGCCGUUUGGAGGUGUUGUAGUCAUUGAUGUGGGGGACGUUUUGCAGCUGAAACCUGUUUAAGACAAUUUUGACGAUAGUACCAUGCUUUACCAAAGCAUUUCCGCACACCAUAGAGCAAACCAUAAUUCACAGGUUGAAGGGGCUUUAAGAAAGCUUUAAAUAAUGCUCCGACUAAGAAACAUGGCAGAAACAAUAGGCCUGCAGCAACAGAGACCAUUGCUGUCUGUCACAAGGAAAAGUGAUAAUUGAAUUAAUUUGAGCUCUUUCAUUGGAUAAAUAUACUGCGAAAUUCAAUCUUUGCACCGCCCACAAAAUGUGCUUCCAAUGCCAUUCUUUGCGUUUUAUUUUCCAGAUUGAGAAAAGGGGACGGAUUAUAAAGCAGCUGAAGGAUAACUGAGGAGGAAUACCAAGCGAGAUUCUAGAACCACGAUUAAUCAAGCAGUUUCUCAUUGAAGAGAACAACAGCUAUGAAGAUCUUGUAGAGGAAAUUCAGAACCAGUUCGCUGGUGCAAGAGGCUGUAGUUUGCGAAGUAUGGAGAUUCUGCAGUUAGCACAGAAUCAAGAAGCAAGUGCCAGUGUCUGA